CACAAUGGAAAGUGAAGUGGCCUAAGGUCUUCCCACAGAAUCCUAUCCAUGACAAGACCUUGGCAGGCCACGUUCCCACACAUCUGGAUUCCCCAUCAUCAUCAUCACCCCCACCCCCUUUCUGGGAACCAACUCUGAAUUUGUCAAAGAGCCAGGCUUCUGUCAACCCCACCCCAGUGAUACAGUUAAUAAGUGACCAGAGCUCUGGACCCGGGCCUAUAAGGGGCUGCUGGCCAGGAGGCAGGAGGCAGCCAGGUGGACAGUGGAGGAAGCAGGAACCCAGAGACGUGAGAUGAGAGGCAGGGCCAUGUCGGGGAGCCAACUGCAGGCUGCCAUGGUCCUGCUGCUGCUGCUGCAGAGUGUGCAGUCCGUCUACAUCAAGUAUGAUGGCUUCCAAGUAAAGCUGGAAUCGGUGAAGAAGCUGAGUGAGUUGGAGAAGCAGCAGACAUCCGAGCCCCAACUGAAGACCAGUGGCCUCCUACCUGCUGUGUGCCAUGACCCAGCCUUGCCCCUGGACCUGCAGCCUGUUUGUGCCUCCCAGGAAGCUGCCAGCAUCUUCAAGGCCUUGAAGACCAUCUCCACCGAUGAAUGUGAGCUGUGUAUGAACGUUGCCUGUACAGGCUGUAGCUGAAAUGGCCAGAGUGUCUUAAGCCCACUCCAGACACCUACCCUCUCAGCCCACCCCAUCCAUACUCAGGCAUCAUCGGAGUCAUAACCCCUCCCAGUAUAGCCAUAUCCAUGACAGGGCAAUGGGACACAGAGUUGGCAUAUUUGGCCUCCAGGCAGCUACACCCAA